AUGGUGCCGACGAUGACCAAGGCACGGAAGGAUGCUGCCGACCGCCGUUUCGUCCUCUGGUGCUGCAUCGACCUGAGGCCGGAGCAACUGCGGUUCGACCAAGGCUUCAAGCUCUUCUUGGGGUCUCUGUCCCCGGAGUACGUGACAACCACAAUGGCGAAGAGCACGUUUAACCAGACCUUGGACGAGCUUUACGGCACGGUGCUCUCAUCCGUCGUGGGCGAGUUGCGGACGCUACGAGAGGAGAACCUCGGCAUGGGGUAUUCGGGACCCUUCCUUGGUGCCCAGCUGGAUCUUACAACAGCGGCCGGCGAGGAAUACAUCACCUUCACCGUAACGUUCGUGAAGAAGGGCGAUACGGACAUGACCCGCAUCGCGCUUGCGGCACGAGCGUUUCCCGGGAGCCACACUGCCGAGGAUAUCCAACCCUGGAUUGAGAAGCUCACGCUAGAGUACUUUUCGGGAUUCAUGGGCGAGUCUGUACAGCCCUCGGACGUCUUCCUCGCGUUUACGGUGGAUCAAGGAAAGAACAUCAUCAACGCGUGUACGGCGUUGGGUGUUACGGUGGUCGAGUGCAACUGCCACCGCCUCAACACCGCAGUCGUGUGGGCGUUGGGCAUUGCCGGGAAAGGGAGGUUGAACCCAGCGAUGGGCACACUCAUGAAGAAGCUGGCAGCGAUGGUUGGUGUCUUCAGCCACUCCGCCGUCAACAACGACGAGCUGAAGGAACUCCAGAGGCUAGAAGAGGGCUUUUCGCGCAUCUACGAGCUUCUCAGGCCGAACGACACGAGGUGGACCAGCCAGUUCAAGAUGAUGGACCGUGUCCUAGCCUUGAAGAAGCCCAUCUCCGAGUAUUUCAAGAAAUACCCCCAGAACGAGCGCAAGCUGACACCGAACGAGUGGACCAUCACCAACGAGGUGUGCAGCCUCCUGAGCGACGUUUCCGAGGUCACCAUACGGAUGCAAGGGUCCGUCGAUACGCAUGUCGGCCAGGCGAUGUUCAUCCUACACGAGCUGAUCGAGAUGCUGGGGGAGGACACCCACCCAAUCCGACAGCCGAACGCCACUGUCAUGCCGCUCCCACCGGAAGGCAUCCCCACGGACGACACUCAGGUUAUGGACCUGACCGCGGAGGCGCAGUGCGUGCUUGAGGUGCUGCAGGAAAAGAUGAGAGAAAAGGGGGUGGGGAGCGCUCAGGUUGCUGUGGAGCGUCUGUCCGCGUUGAUGGACCCGAGGCUAAGGUCGCUUGACAGCGACCAACUCGAGAACGGUUCUGCAGAUCUCAGGAAGAAGGCCGAAGACGACUUGAAAGCGGUCAUCGCCAAGUUUGACGUCGGGCCGGCUACGGCGGCGCCAGCGCCAGCACCAGUAAUGAACCUCGACCGGGUGGAACCCGCACCCAAGAAGAAGAAGCUCUCGAGAUUGGAGGAACGGCGCGCGGCACGUGUGGCGGCAGCUACCACCGGCGGCGAUGAGACCGGUUCUCUCGAGGACCAGUCUCCCUCCACGACCCGGCGCGUGCUGAUCGAACGGGAGGUUUUGGUGUACCUGGCCGAAAAUCCACAGCUCGAUGUCGAUGGUUUCAACGUUCUGGGGUAUUGGAAUAGGCGGGGCACUGACAGCGUGUCCGCGACGACUGGCAAGGUCACAUCUCCGGCAGAAAUGCCCUACCUAGCGUUCAUCGCUCGGUUGUACCUCGGGAUCGAGGCCACCAGCUGUCAGGCCGAACGCAAUUUCUCAGCGCUUGCUCACCUGAUCGGCCAACUACGCUGCAACAUGCUUCCAAGCAAGGUUGAGCGCAUGAUGUUCAUCAGGCUGAACAGGCACUUGGUUGCCGAAGUCCGCGAGCUGGACGCUGCAGUCGUGAAGGCGAAAGCUGCGAAAACUAAGGUCGCACAGAGCUCGAUGGCUGCUCAGGAGGAGAGGGCGAACCAAACAGUUGACCUUUGCUUGUAG